AUGGGCUUCCUCGAUUGGAACGAUGGUGCCUCUGUCCUGUCAACCCGAACUUCAUCUCGUCGACACAAGUCUUCUCGCUCUCACAAGAAGCGCUCACGAUCAAACUCGAGUGAGCGUGGACGCGGCUUCGCAGAGUCCAUCUUUGGUGGCGGCGACCGUUAUGGGAAGCACAAUGCUUCUCGCGCUUCCUUCUUUGGACUCGGAGGCGGCAACAGCAGCCGCUCCAGCUUUUUUGGAAAUAGUCGCUCCUCUUACUACAAACGUUCCCCUCGUCAGGGCUUCGUUCAAAAGACCUACAAGCAGCUCAAGCGUCUCCUCCGCGAUCUGGUUCAUUGGGCCAAGCGCCACCCAUGGAAGGUUUUCUUCAUGGUCAUCAUGCCCCUCGUCACCGGCGGAGCUCUGACUGCCCUCCUCGCUCGCUUCGGCUUGCGCAUCCCACCCGCCAUUGAGCGCAUGCUCGGCGUAGCCUCCAAGGCUGCCACGGGCGACUCGUCCGGUCUUGUGGGCGAAGCUGUCCGCAUGGCCAGUGGUUUUGGCGGCAACACUUCUGUUCGCGUGGAGCGCGAUACGCACUCAUUCAGCAGCGGUGGUGGUGGCGACUCAUGGGGUGGUGGUCUUGCUGAUAUGGCCAGAAAGUGGAUGUGA